AUGCGCGGCCGGCGUUUCAAGGAAUCACUGCGGGACUGGUACAACGAGCCCGGCGAGAACGUGCCACAGCAGUGGCCGAAUCUGAACGCAUCCUUUGCGCAUGAAGCAUCGACGCAUAUCCGACCUCAUAAUCCCGACUUUGCCAUGUGGACACUCCGCGACGCAUCUGAGAAUAUCGCGGAACCGACACACUGGAGUGCCUCGUUCAUGGGGAUGCGAGAUCAGCAGAUCAUUGCGGCUGCGGAGUAUAUCCUUUGGGACGGGCAAGAGCUCUUCAAGCAUGUUCUAUGUUCGGGUUCAAUCGGGGAUACGAAGAGCUGGGAACCCGCUUUAUUGUAUUUUGGCGAUGCGUUCCUUUCGUUGAAGAGAUGGCGGUUCUGGAAGGAUGGGUUUAGGAAGCGGCUUGAGAGGACAGCGGCGUGA